AUGCAAGUGAAAGAAUGUUCUGGUUUUUGGGUUUCUUACAAAACUAAAAAUCAGGGUUACUCAAAAAUCUCAACCGCCGCUAUAUGGCUACCACCAGGGAGUAACGCCACCACUGUAAGCAAUGGGAACGGCAACGGUUUCGUGUGGGCCAAGUGCGAAAUUUGUACAGUAAUUAGCUGCUACUUGACGCCAAGCGAUAGUACACAGGAAUUCCAAGAAAAGCUCGACAAUAUAGAGGAUACAGCCAGGACUAUAGAAGGCCAAUUGAUUAUCUCCGGAGGCCUAAACGCCACAGCCGUAGAGUGGGGUAUGCCAAACACUGACUCGAGAGGAAAGAGAAUUCUAGAUAUGGCUGCGCGGCUAGGUCUAAUAGUGCUCAACACGGGAAAUGCAACCACGUUCAGAAGACCGGGAUGCGAGGAAACCACACCAGACAUCACCCUAUCAACAGAACGCACGGCAGGCUCAAUAAAUAAUUGGAAAGUCCUGGAGGACUACACUGGCAGUGAUCAUCACUACAUCUCUUUCAUGAUCGACACUGGAAGAAACGCUCACCAGCUCAGCAAAUAUAGUGGAACACGAAAGUGGAACAUUUCGAAGCUAGACACAUCGAAAUUAAUCGCCGCAAUAGACGAGCAGCACCCAUCUAGCGGCCCCUCCCUUAUAGCAAGAAAAACAGUCGAGCACACAAUGCGUAAUAUAACCAAAGCCUGCCAAAAAUCAAUGCCCAAGGCUACCCACAGCAAACGUAAAGCAGCAGUUUACUGGUGGACUGAAAACAUCGCCGAACUCAGACGCACGUGCCUCCGCCUUCGCAGAUCUUACACGAGAUCCAGGCGCAGAGGAGCCGCACCCCAAGAAGCCGAGCAAUACAAAGCAGCAAAAAAGGAGCUGAAGCACGCCAUCGACGACAGUAAAAAGAAAAAAUGGGAGAAACUACGGGAGGAUAUAAACAGAAACCCCUGGGGGCUAGGGUACAAAAUAGUGAUGAAAAAACUCGACGCUCGAGCAAAGCCACCUGACGUAACCGCUGCCAAAAUGGAACACAUCGUGAACGCACUAUUCCCCACACACGAAACAAGAGCCAGUGAUCCAGAACAAACUCUAAGCACUGCGGAAAUCCCUCAGUUCACCCUUGAAGAGCUGCAAGUAGCCACCGGCAAGCUCAAGGCGAACAAAUCACCCGGCCCGGACGGGAUCCCAGCAGAAGUCCUCAAAAUAAUCGCUGCAGAACGCCCAGGA